UCGAUAACAGAUCACGUGAUAUUGACAAUACAUUCUCGCUGUGGGAUCCAAUGAUCUUUCCUACGUAGCAAUUGUGUCCAUUAUAGUUCUGCGACUUGCAAUUUAUGCGAAGUGGUGGUCAAAAUAAUUAAUGAUCAUGCAAGUCCCUUCCUCGGCUUUUGUGAGCACAUUAGAGAGGUAGAUGGCUUACGCUCUACUUUUCUCUAACCUCGGCAAUCCACCAGGUGUUCUGGCCUGGUUGCUACUCCGCAGUAACAAAUACCGGCCUCAGCCCAGCAAGUUGAUACGGAGUGACUUGGUUAACUGAAGUCAAAUAAAUCCUCCAUUAAGAUACCGCACGGCUUUCUUCAAUUUUAUUCUGCAUCAUGCUCGAAAACAAGAAGCCAGUGGGCUUACUCUUCGACAUUGGAGGAGUAUGUGUCGUUUCUCCCUUUCAAGCCAUUCUGGACUAUGAGCUUGCAAACAGCAUCCCCAAGGGAUGGGUAAAUUUCAGUAUCUCGCGCACAUCGCCAAACGGCAGCUGGCACAAGCUUGAGCGAGGCGAGAUAAAACUGGAUGCGGACUUCUUCAAAGCGUUCAACGGAGAUCUACGAAACCCAGAUUUAUGGAAGCAGUUCCAUGAGAGACUGCAGAAGAAUCAAACAACCGGUGUGCCAACAUCGGCACCCCCACUGCCCGAAAUCGACGCAGAAUGGCUCUUCUGGGAGAUGAUGCGAGUGUCAAGGACGCCAGACCCAUACAUGUACCCGGCGCUGCAGAAGCUGAAAGCGUCAGGGCAGUUCAUUAUUGGUGCUCUGUCAAAUACAGUCAUAUUCCCUGAUGGGCAUCCUUAUAACAGUGACUCAAACGGCGUCAAGUCGCAAUUCGACUUUUUCAUCUCAUCGGCGCAUACAGGGCUCAGGAAGCCAGAUCCCAAGAUCUAUGCAGCUGCGCUGAAGGAGAUGGACACAUUGGCGAAAAAGAGAGGCUUGCAAGGGGUAGAGCCUUCAGAUGUUAUCUUCCUCGAUGACAUCGGGGAGAACUUGAAGGCCGCAAAGAAGGCUGGAUUACGAACAAUCAAGGUCAACCUUGGCCGGACACAGGAUGCUAUCAGAGAAUUAGAGAAGAUCACUGGCCUGCAAUUGCUAGAAGCUGGGGACAAGGCCAAGCUUUGAGCCGAAAGGAACUGCAACGCAAAUACUGCGCCAAAUGCGAUAGAUAUUCUUUUUGUAGAUUAUUCUUCUUUGAGCCAUAUUCUUCAUGUGCAAUAU